GCCCCACGAAACACAAACGACUUUAUUGGUCAAUAGACUCAAUACUUCCACAACUACCUACCUACCUCCCGUCUCAUAAAAGUCCAUCCCCUCUUCAACUUUGUAGCACCACCACCCACACCAAAACAAGCCAUACGUUUUUCUUCUGCAACUCAAAAUGAGUGCUAAAAAUAAACCAUCAGAUUCUCAUUCCCUGGUCCUCCCAUGGAAGACCCGGAUCUCCGUCUCCGCCCUCUCCGCUGUCACCGACUUUUUUCGCCGAUCUGACGGCACCGUCAACCGCCAUAUCCUCUCUCUCCUCGACCUCAAAGCAAGCCCUAAUCCCAACCCCGUGAAAGGCGUCAAAUCUUCAGACAUCAUGGUCGACCCUUCUCGCAACCUCUGGUUCCGCCUCUUCGUUCCCACGGACACCGACACCACCACCACUUCCCUCCCCGUCGUCAUCUUCUUCCACGGCGGCGGCUUCACUUUCCUCUCCCCUUCCUCCUUCGCAUACGACGCCGUCUGUCGCCGCUUCGCUCGUAAACUCCCCGCCGUUGUUAUCUCCGUCAACUACCGCCUCUCCCCGGAACACCGCUACCCGUCUCAAUACGACGACGGAUUCGACGUCAUUCAAUUUCUCAAUCGCAGCGAACUCAAACAACUCCCGGAUUUUGCGGACUUGUCGAAAUGUUUCUUAGCUGGCGACAGUGCAGGUGCCAACCUGGCACACAACGUGGCAAUCCGGGCAAGUCGGGAAGGGUCCCAGUUCCAGGUCGUUAAAAUUAUCGGGUUGAUUUCGAUCCAACCGUUUUUCGGAGGAGAGGAGAGAACGGAUUCGGAGAUUCGGUUGCGGAAAAGUCCGAUCGUUUCGUUGGAACGAACCGAUUGGCUUUGGAAGGUGUUUUUGCCUCAAGGGUCGGAUAAAGAUCAUGAGGCAGUUAAUGUGAGUGGGCCCAAAGCGGUUGAUAUUUCGGGUUUGGAGUAUCCGGAAACGGUGGUGUUUGUUGGGGGAUUCGACCCGUUACAGGAUCGGCAGAGGGGUUACUAUGAGUGGUUGAAGAAAUCUGGGAAACAGGCUCGCUUAAUCGAGUAUCCAAACAUGAUGCAUGCGUUUUAUGUGUUUCCAGAAUUGCCUGAGUCGUCUCAGUUGAUAGCACAGGUCAAGGAUUUCGUUUCCCAUAAAUGUAAAACUUCCAAUUCCCAAUAAUAAUAUUAUUCCAAGAAAGUAAUAUGUAGCGUACACACUCUCACUUUCUCUCGCGCACUAGUGUGUAGUGUAUAAUGAGGUGUGUAUUAGUUUUUUUUUUUAACCCUAUUUAAUUGAUAAUUAAAAAGAAUAACAAAAAGUGUACCAUGCAGCUAGUUGAAUUUGCCUAUUGUGUCCUGAUGCAUCAAUCGGUGGUUAGGGAAAACCCCAAAUACUAGACACAUGAUGUAUUACACUUUUAUCAUCAAUGAAAAAAUAUUUCUAUCUUCUA